CAGGGUUUGAUGAUAUUGCGAUUCGGUCCUGUUUGGGCGUUCUUUUGAGAGAUUGCGAUUUGCAGGCAGUGCUGUAAUUUUGGUGUUUUUCGAGGUGUUUUUUCAGAAUCUGCUGAUACCAGCAAUCUCUGGUUGCUGGUUAGAGUUUCGGAGGAAAUGGACGGGAGCGAUGAUAGCUUUGAUUGGGAGAGCGAUGACGAACAAGGAGCCCAUAAUUCGUCUUCAUCUUCUUGUCCGAGUGAGAAGGCUCCCGCCCAAGAGCAUUUUUUGGGCUCUGUGGAGGCACAUGAGGUGGGCCCGUCCUCGUCCAAGUCCAAGUUGGUUUCCCAUUUUCUUGGAAUGGGCUUUUCAGAGAAGAUGGUGAACAAAGCAAUUAAGGAAAAUGGAGAAGACAAUACAGAGGCAAUACUAGAAACUCUCCUCACAUAUUCAGCUCUUGAGGAAUCUCCUCCAGAGGAUGAAAAAUCUCCCAGUGCGCCAUGUUCUUCCGAAAGUGAAAUGGAUGAUGUAUAUGAUGAGUUCUCAGAUGCGGACAGCUUUCUUGAAAAUGAGGGAGUCAUGGAGCCUCUUUCUGGGAAGGAAAAGAAUUUGAUGCUUCUUGUUGAGAUGGGUUUUGCUGUGGAGGAAGCUGCUUCUGCUCUCAAUAGAUGCGGCCCAGAUGCUUCGCUUGCGGUGCUGACAGAUUCAAUAUAUGCUUCUCAAACAGCAAAGGCAUCUGAUGGCAAUCUGGGCAAAAGACCACCUGUUUCAACUUCUAAUGGAGAUGAGGACUGGCCCAGCUGUCUGCACGACGAUUCCCCCAGACAUAAGAAACGGCAAAAGUGGCCCGAAGAAAAGGGAGGAUGGAAACGCAUGCCUAAUUUCAAAACCAAGCAAAAGCUACACCAAAAGAACAUUUUGGCGGACGAAGGCGGCGGGCCUAUUUGCCUUCCGAAUCCCAUGAUCGGCUUUGGUGUGCCUGGCGAGCUGACAAUUACAACCCAUCGGAAGCUGCCGGAGGCUGCCAUAGGCCCGCCAUAUUUUUACUAUGAAAAUGUGGCGCUCGCUCCAAAAGGCGUUUGGGAAACAAUAUCUCGAUUCCUUUAUGACAUUGAGCCAGAAUUUGUGGACUCCAAGUAUUUCAGUGCCACUGCAAGAAAACGGGGCUACAUCCAUAACCUUCCAAUUCACAACAGAUUCGUGAUUCAGCCAAUUCCUCCCAAAACGAUAUCUGAAGCCCUGCCAAUGACGAGGAAGUGGUGGCCAGUAUGGGACCAUCGGACCCAGCUCAACUGCCUGCAGACGUGCACGGCGAGCUCCAGGCUGACGGAGCGGAUCCGCAGUGCCCUGGCCAACUCGGGUGAGAACCCAUCUCGUGAGGUCAAGAAGUAUGUCCUUGAUGAAUGCCGGAAGUGGAAUCUGGUCUGGGUUGGGGUCCACAAGGUCGCCCCGCUUGAGCCAGACGAGAUUGAGAUGCUGCUGGGGUUCCCGAGGAACCACACGAGAGGGGGUGGGAUCAGCCGGACAGAGCGGUAUAAAUCUUUGGGCAAUUCGUUUCAGGUGGACACGGUUGCUUACCACCUCUCCGUCCUUAAAGACAUAUUCCCCAAUGGGAUCACAAUGCUGUCGCUGUUCUCUGGCAUCGGAGGUGCGGAAGUGGCACUACAUCGUCUCGGAAUUCCAUUGAAGACCGUCGUUUCGGUUGAGAUCUCUGAGAUUAACAGAAACAUUCUGCGGAGCUGGUGGGAACAGACAAGUCAGACGGGGACAUUGAUUGAUAUUGCGGAUGUGCAGCAGCUGAACAGCGAUCGGCUCGAGCAGUUGAUCAACAGGUAUGGUGGGUUUGAUCUCAUCAUCGGCGGGAGCCCAUGCAAUAAUCUGACGGGUAGCAAUCGCGUGAGCCGAGACGGUCUUGAAGGUAAGCAAUCUGCCUUGUUUUAUGACUAUUUUCGGAUCCUGGAUUGCGUGAAAUUCAUCAUGGGGAAAUGAUGAAACUGGUGGGCCAUUUUUUGUAACUGAAUCUCAAUCAACAAUGGUUCUCUUCCUCUCGCGCAUAAAUGGUAGCCAUCCACCCAAAUCAUUGAGUGGUGGCCAUUAGAUCUUA